AAAAGCGUGCCCGGAAAGGAAGCGAAGAAGAAGAGAAGCCGCAAACCGGCUGGUUUCGUCUCCGUGUUGUUUGGUUCAUCGCGCCGCCCGGUCAUCAGCAGGAGCGUUGGGCUUCCAGCUCUUCACCCGACCUGCCAACAUGCCAGCCGCACUUACAGAUUCCAGUCAGAUAAUCUGUGAGGUCUGGGCCAGCAAUGUGGAGGAGGAGAUGAGGAAGAUCCGGCAGAUCAUUCAGAGUUACAAUUACAUCGCCAUGGACACAGAGUUCCCCGGCGUGGUGGUCCGGCCCAUCGGAGAGUUCCGCAGCACGGUGGACUACCAGUACCAGCUGCUGCGCUGCAACGUGGACCUGCUGAAGAUCAUCCAGCUGGGCCUGACCUUCAUGAACGAGGACGGGGAUUACCCUCCGGGCACCACCACCUGGCAGUUCAACUUCAAGUUCAACCUGACAGAAGACAUGUACUCGCAGGACUCCAUAGACCUGCUGCAGAACUCGGGCCUGCAGUUCAAGAAGCACGAGGAGGAGGGAAUCGACACGCUGUACUUCGCCGAGCUGCUCAUGACGUCCGGGCUGGUGCUGUGUGAAAACGUCAAGUGGCUGUCCUUCCACAGCGGUUACGACUUCGGCUACCUGGUGAAGCUCCUGACGGACGCCCGGCUGCCCGAGGAGGAGCACGACUUCUUCCAGAUCCUCAACCUGUUCUUCCCCGCCAUCUACGACGUGAAGUACCUGAUGAAGAGCUGCAAGAACCUGAAGGGAGGCCUGCAGGAGGUGGCCGACCAGCUGGAGCUGAAGAGGAUCGGCCGGCAGCACCAGGCCGGCUCCGACUCGCUGCUCACGGGCAUGGCGUUCUUCAGGAUGAAGGAGCUCUUCUUCGAGGACAACAUCGACGACGCGAAGUACUGCGGGAGGCUGUACGGCCUGGGCUCGGGCUCCAGCCAGCCGCAGAACGGUAUCUCCAGCUCGGGCGCCGAGGAGACCAACAACAAACACUGAUCUUCACCGUCUUCAUCUUCAAGUGGACGAAACACUUGUUUUAAAACCUGACCAGCAGCCCCCCUCCCCCCCCCCUGCAGAGACAACGGACCGCUCCUCUUUUUAGUUGUUUUACUGAAUCGACGGCCGGAUGAUCUGAAGCCUGGUCUGGACGGCAGGACCAGCUGCCCCUUUUAGACCGCCGCUCAGAUCCUCCUCUCUGUCUCUCUCUCUUCCUCACUCUCUCUCUCUCUCUCUCUCUCUCUUUUACGUUGAUGCUGGAAGGGCCUGUAAAUUCCAAUGUAUAAUUUUGAUGAAAAUAAAAAUGUUUUAGCUCUUUUUUUUUUUUUUUUUUUUUUUUCCCCCCCGAACUUCCAGAAAGUUUUAGCAGCGGCCUGGAGCUGCGCCAGGGGCGACCGUCGCUCACCCAAACAGUCCAGCUCACACGUCUCGUCGUUGCCGUUGUUUUUACAUCCGACAUGUUUUAAAACUGUUGUAUAUUAAAUUGUUUUGUAUUUUCAA